CAUUUCACGUCGGACUGCUUUCUCAACGAGGGACAGUACAAUGCGGGAUUCGCUACAUUCUGAAGAUAAACCAUGGAUCAGCACCGACUGUCCGAGACCCAACUUCAAACUUGGGAGCUGUAAGUUUCACCAUUUUAUGUUGCUUUACUGUAUGUACACACUGUUGCUUGUGUUGUUAGCAUGGCAGCUAAUGUGGCUAACGUUUUGCCUCGUCCACACAGCCGGGUAUGGCCGGGUACAGAUUGUAUGCAAUCUGCUUGGUAUCGCUGUGUGGCGUUGAUUAGAGCCACCCUGCUUACUUUAUCACACUUGAAAGGCGUUUUAGCUGUCUGCAAAGUCAAUCUGGUAAAAUUCAGACUAAACAGGCUUUGCAGCAAUUAGCAUAGGUCUCUGGGCUUGUUUGUUAGUGCUGUGAAAGUUAGUAUUGAGAGUCAUGCCUUAUGAUGGCCGUUUUAACGUUUAUAUCAUGUUUACAGAUACAGUGCCUGUAGGGAAUAUCUAGAUAAGCGCAGAGUUAAGGGGAUAUGUCCAAGGGGAUAGUCUGUAAUACACAUUUCUUGCAUUUUGCACAUAUAGUGAGCUAUUUGCAGCAUUUACAAGCUAUUGACAACCCAAUUUACACAUAAUUGAGUGCAUUUGUUGUUAUCAUUUUUGCACUGCUUGCAGCUGUUGCCAUAACUACACAUUUGAGGAGAUGUUGGUGUAACCUCUGUUUCCUCUGUUCAGGCCAGCACAUCAAGUGCAUCUAUACAGCUUCCUGCAACAAGGGAUGUUGCAUGCCAGACUGACCCACUGUAGGCACACAGUUAUCCUUGAAGAGUCUUCAGCCUCACAUCAGAAGUACAGACUCUACCUGGCUGCCAUGUACUACAAUGAAAAUGCUGACCGACCACAAGCCCAAACAAAAGAAGGUGAACCACUGUUCAAGGUCCAAUUUCCAAAGGCCAUGAAGGGACAAUGCAGAGCUAAACCAGUUAAGACUGAGCCGACAUUCUAUAACUGUUAUAUUAUUUUAUUUUUCGACCAAAAAAUGUUUUGUACACAUUGUAUUAAGUAUUGCACGUAUAAUGUUAUGACAGUUCCACCAACAACAAAAUACAGUAAAGAAAAUGUCAUGAGGUAGUUAGAAACAGACUUUCACUCAUUGUUUUGUAAAAAAAAACAACAACAAAGUGAAAAAUGUAAACAAAAUCUUUUGUGUUUUAUCGAACAGGGUAUGUGGUGGACCUCAUAUUUGAAAAAGUAUUUGGUUUUACAUUGCAUAUUAAUAGCAAAAAUUACACAGCAAAACACAGAAAACCACAUCUUCCUUAGAGACGGAGAUCACAUCAUCAUGAACCUCCCUCGUUUCAUAUCUUGCUACAUUACUGCAUUUCACAUCACUAGACUGUGGAUACAGAGGAAAAAACAGCAGACUCUGGUGAAAGAAGCACAUCCAGACUGUGGUCCACCAGCUUUCAAAGGUAAAGUUUGUGUUACAUUACUUCUCUUAAUCAAUGUUUAACCUAAUACAUUAAAACUGUAAAGGUGUUGAUACAUAACAAGGGGACUGGACUGUAGGUGUACAGUAAUCUACAGUUGUAUUUAGUCUCUGUUUUUACCCUCUCUUGCCUUAAAUACCAGUAACUUGAGAUACGUGCUAAAAUGCUGGAUCACUAAGAUUUAUCCUGAACUAUAGUUGUACUGUAUUUGUGUGAACAGCACUUCACAGCUUUAGUAUUAUCACUGAACAAUGUGAGGUAGAUGUUAAAACACUUGUUGAUCUCUCAAACAACAGGUUUCACAGUGAAGAAUGGAAGAUUCCUUCAUUAACAUCACCUCACAGAACAGAAGCUACGAUGACAGUGACUAUGUGUACGACGAGUAUGACUAUCAUGAUUAUUACGAUAAAGAACAAAAAAUCAUGGAUGUGGUGAAAUGCAUUAUCAUUUGUAUCGGCCUUCCUUUGAUCCUAGUGGCCAUCCAUGGAGUCUGUUCUCUGGUCAGAAACGAUCACGUGGCUCCGAUCUACAUCAUCAACCUUCUGAUUUCUGACCUCAUUCAACUCUGCUGCAUGAUCGUUGAAGUGGUACUACCUGAGGAUUCAAUCAUCACAACAAUCUUCCGUAUUAUUUACCUCUGUGGUUUGACGGCGAGUGUUGGCUUCAUGAUGUGUGUCGCCCUGGAAAGGUAUCUGGUCAUCGCCUGGCCGCUGUGGUACCGCUUCAGACGAACCAUCAAGACCUCUGUAGUGGUCUGUGUCGUGGUCUGGACCCUUUCUCUUGUGACUUUCUUCUCUGUGGUUUUCUUGGCUGAUUUAGUCGACAUGCUAAUCCCCUUUGCAGUCUUCCUCCUCCUUCCCCUCCCUCUGUUCAUAUUCUUCCUGGGUGGGACCGUUAAAGCUCUGUCUGCAGCCAUUAGUGUCCCUGCUGAUGAAAAACGACGAAUUGUUGCAGUUUUGAUUCUUGUUCUACUUAUUUACACACUGUUGUUCCUGCCCUACAUCAUUUUGUUACUUGUAGAAGAAGCCAGACAUAACAUUACCCUCGGUGUUGUGUCUUUCAUGUUUGUAAAGUUCAGUCCUCUUGCAGACGUGUUCCUGUAUGUUUUCAUUAGGAAAGGAGCUGUAGACAAGCUGUUGGCCUCUCUGUGUCGUUGCAGGAUGGACAGCGAUGAUAGCAACAGAUCAACAGCAUGAAUGAUGACAACUUAUACACAGUCGCUCCAUGUAGUCAGAGAAAGAGAGAAAAACAGAAGAAGAAAUGGAGGAAAUAGAGACAAGACAGAUACUGUCGUCUUCUCACAUGAUUUCCUACAAGACAUCUAACUGUAGGUUCACUUGCUGCGGUGCACUGUGAAAGCUUCAAGACAUGUACAUAAAAUGUUCUAUAAAAAGUUCAUGUAUAUCAUUAUUACACUUUAAUCACAAAAACAAACCUUAUAUUAUUUGAAGAUAAUCAGCAGCAUGAUCACUCUGCCAAUAUAACCACAUCUCUCUCAUUCUUAGAUCUUUAUUUUGUCUGUUUUCUGCAAGUUUUACUUUUUCCUGGUUAUAAAUAGUGUCUAAUCACAAUUGUAUUUUUUUUGUGGUUUGUUGUAAAUUAAUUUUUUAAUAAAGUAAAUCCUGCUUGUUUACCUUUAUUCAGUGACAAUUUUCUGUUUACAUCACAUAUAGUAAAUUGUUUUGCAGAUUUCACAGUUUGAACUAAUAUAAACUGACUAAUAGCGUCACUACACUCAGAGCAGAGUAUGAUCACUAUCAUCUGAACUUUCUGUCCGAUGGUUGAGCACCCACUCAUCCCCCACACCUUUCUGACAACAUUUCUCCUUAAAUCUUACUAACAGGUUGUAUUCAAGGAACCAUUAAAAAAUAAACUGGUUUUUACAUUUUCAAUUAAAAAUAACAGAGGAAGACACGGACACAGAGAAGUCAUGCAUCUGCAUAAUAAUUUCAAGAAUGACACAGCAUUGACCUCUAUAGAAAACCACAUCUUCCUUAGAGACAGAGAUCACAUCAUCAGGAACCUCCAUCGUUUCAUAUCUUGCUGCAUUACUGCAUUUCACGUCACUAGACUGUGGAUACAGAGGAGAAAACAUCAGACUCUGGUGAAA